UGCAGGAUCAAGACAUCCCUACUGAACAACAGGAUAUUGAAAAAAUCUUGAAGUACAUCAAAGAAGAAGAUGUUAAUAAGGAAUGUGUAGAUUUGCCUUCCAAAACAUUUUUCUUCAACCCGAUUCAUCGCAAAUAUCUAUUUCUAAAGUACUGCGAGAGUUAUAUCUCAAAAUACCAAGAGGUAAAUCCUUUGUGUCAAAAUAGAUGAUCAUCAAAGUUUCACAAGAUCUUACUGAAGAGGACCAGGACCUGAAAGAAGAGCUAAAGCAAGAACAUUUAGAGGAUUAUUUGAAAGAAUAUGAGAGAAUCAACUCUUCAAAAGCUAAAACUGGCAAGGAAAACAAAGCUUUGUUCAAAAGAGCUAAAAAGCUAUAUACUCAGGUUAAGAAAUCAGCAGAAGGCUUUAAAAAUUCUUACCUCUACAAAGAAACAGCAUUGAGAACAUAUGAUAGGGUUCCUUGUAGCAUAAGAUCAAUGCAAGAAUAUAUCUUCCCAACCUAUCCAUUCCAACUCUCCAGUGGAUUCCACAUGACUAGCCUAAAGGAGACCAGAAACAUUCUCAAAACGACAUCUAUAGAUCUUGAUCAGGCCAAAAAUAUCGAUCUCCCAAAUCUGAAAGCCGAGAACAAAGAUUUGAAGGAGAAAUACAAGAAAUAUAAGAAACUAGCUCAUAAGUACAAAGGCAUGGAGAAGUACAAAGAAAUUUGCAAGAAAUUAAAAGCCCUGAAAAACAAGAAGAUUGCUAUAAGCUCCGAUAGUAGUGAUGAAGUUAUAGACUCAGAGUUCAGCAGUUCCUAUUAUGAGAACAGUCUUAUCAACCAAAGAGUCGACUUGGAUAGUCUUUUAGACCAGAGCUUUCCAGAAUAAAUCUUUUAAUUUCAAUUUAGAUGGAUAUUUUA